UGAUGAAUCUGGAGAAAAGCCUGAUGUCUGUAUCAUCGAAUUGGGUGGUACUGUAGGUGACAUUGAAUCUGCCCCCUUUGUUGAAGCCAUGCGUCAGUUCCAAUUCCGUGUUGGCCAUGAAAACUUUUGUUUGAUUCAUGUUUCAUUGGUGCCUGUGGUGGGUUCUGUGGGUGAACAAAAGACCAAGCCUACUCAAAUGAGUGUUCGUGAUCUUCGUGGUGCUGGUCUCACGCCUGAUUUGAUUGCCUGUCGUUCUUCCAAGAUUCUCGAUCCUAGUGUUGCUUCCAAGAUCUCUAUGUUCUGUCAUGUUGCUCCUGAGCAGGUGUUAGCUGUCCAUGAUGUGUCUUCUGUUUACCAUGUCCCUAUUUUGAUGCGUGACGCUGGUAUCAUUGACUUUUUCCGUCGCCGUCUUAAUUUGGAUGCUCUUAAGGUCAGCGAUGAAUGUCGUUUGGCUGGUGAAGCCUUAUGGGCCAAAUGGACUACUUUGGCUGGCAGCUACGAACACAUUCAUGAAAAUGUCACGAUUGCUCUUGUCGGUAAAUACACUGAUCUCCACGACUCGUAUAUCUCUGUCUACAAGGCUCUUGAACAUGCUGCUCUUGCCUGUAAGCGCAAGAUUGUGAUCAAGUGGAUUGAAGCCACUGAUUUAGAGUCUGAAGCACUCAAGACGGAUCCUAUCAAGUUCCAUGAAUCAUGGCAAGACCUGUGCUCUGCCGAUGGUAUCUUGGUCCCCGGCGGUUUCGGUGGUCGUGGUAUUGAAGGUAUGAUCAUGGCUGCUAAAUGGGCUCGUGAAAACAAGAUUCCUUACUUGGGUAUCUGUCUCGGUAUGCAAAUUGCCGUCAUUGAAUUUGCUCGUAACGUGUGUGGCAUGAUCGAUGCUGAUUCUGCUGAAAUGAACCCUGAUACACCUACGCCUGUGGUUGUCUAUAUGCCUGAAAUCUCCAAGACACAUAUGGGUGGUACCAUGCGUCUUGGUCUUCGUCCUACUGUGUUCCAAAAGGAUACUGAAAACUCCCGUGUCCGUAAAUUGUAUGGUGGUAAGCCCUCCAUUGAUGAACGUCAUCGUCACCGUUAUGAAGUCAACCCUGAACUUGUCGAUAAGAUUGAAACCAAGGGUCUCAAGUUUAUUGGUAAAGACGAAACUGGUCAACGUAUGGAAAUUGUUGAACUAGACGAUCACCCUUACUUUGUCGGUUCUCAAUACCACCCUGAAUACCUCACUCGUCCCUUGAACCCCAGUCCUCUCUUUAAGGGUCUUAUUUUGGCUGCUAUUGGUCAACUCGACGCUUCCUUGUAAAUAUUAUUAGAAGAAUCCAUAUGUUAAUUAUUAUAGAAUU